GCAUCGAAGCGGAGACGCGCGGCCAAACGAUUCAGUUUCGCACGAGCAAGACGCGCAGGCAAACGGUGCCCUCGCAUUUUAGUUGAUCGCCGUCACUCGCGCACGACGCAUGGCCAACGCAGUGCUACGUAAAUCUUAGACGAUACAAUUUGUGGAAAUCAUUUUAUUAGAAUUUUAUUUUUACGAUCAACUGUAAUUACCACGCUUUCACCUUGCUUCGAUCUUCGUAGUUCUAUUCUUCUUACUCUCUUCCUUUGUUUUUCUUUUCUUUCGUCUAAUUGUAUUCCGUUCAUUCGAUUCAUCGACAUUGAAAAUAACAUUCGAUAUUAUACGUAUCCGCGCUUCUAUUUCCAGGACUUUGAGAAAUUAAUUUCUAUCAUUGACGUUUUACGCGAUUUUCGCGAGAUUUUCGUCGAGUUUGCGUAAUUAAAAAUUUGAUUGGUUCUGAGAAUUUGACGCGUUGGUCAGGUCUGAAGUCUAUUAGAGAUAUCUUGGGUUACUGAAAAUCGGUAAUCGAUAAAGGUUUGAAGAGGAGAGAUCAGUCUUGUGUGCUCGUCUUGAGAUACAUACCGAUGUGCUUGAUGCGCGAGGGCUGACAGCAAAUCGGAGCGAAACUCAAAAUCGCGCGAUCGAGAGAGUAUCUCGAGAAACAUCUGUUCCGUGCGGCGUGGGAAAGAGCGGAAGUGAAUGGCAAGCAAGUCUCGAAUGGUAAAGAAGAGAUUGUCGACAUUGGUGAUGAGGUCGAUGCCGUGCAAGAAGCUAUCGGAAAUCUUGGCAGAUGGCAAAUAUACGUUUGUCUGGCAAUUUCUCUGGUCAAGUUCCCGAUCGCUUGGCAUCAGCUCGCGAUCGUCUUCAUGGCGCCACAUCAAAAUUUCAACUGCACCUCGCCAGCACACACGGAAACGUCUAAUCAAUGCGUAGUCAAUGUCAAUGGUACGUUGGCAGAGUGCACAGAAUGGGAGUACGACAGGAGCACGUUCACUGAGACAAUAAUAUCGCAGUGGAAUUUGGUAUGCAGUCGAACGCAUUACGCUAAUAUCCAGCAAUCUAUUUUGAUGUUUGGCGUACUUUUGGGCAAUAUCAUAUUUGGCAAUAUAGCAGAUAGGUACGGUAGAAAAAUGCCGCUGAUGAUAGCAGUAGUUCUUCAAUUAGUUUCCGGUAUCGGAUGUGCUGUCGUGCCAUGGUUUCCAGCACUGUUAUUAAUGAAAUUGCUUAGUGCUUUAGCUACUGGAGGUACCAUGGUUACCAGUUACGUCAUUUGUAUGGAGAUUGUUGGAACACAAUGGCGCGCAGCCAUCACAGUACUGUAUCAAAUUCCAUUUAGUUUGGGUCAUAUGUCACUAGCCGGAUUUGCAUUUUUAUUUCGUCACUGGCAACAUCUUCAAAUCGCCAUCACAUUACCCUCUAUCAUUCUCUUAAGUUAUUGGUGGGUCGUACCUGAAUCUCCUAGAUGGUUGCUUGCCUUUGGAAAGCAACGAGCAGCUUGUAGGAUUUUACAGAAGGGUGCCAAUAUUAACCAAAUUAAAAACAAGGACAUUCCAGACAUGGUCAGAAAACACUGUUUGCAGCAGAAUUCCAAACGAUCACAUUUGGAUUAUAAAGCAUCGUUCUUGGACCUGUUUCGCACGCCCAACAUGAGGAUAAAAUCGCUGUCGAUUUUCUUCAAUUGGAUCGUUUGCGGGAUGGGGUUGUUUGGAAUGUCUCAAUAUAUAGGACAAGUCGGUGGAAAUAUAUUCAUAAAUUUCACUAUUUCUGGCGCCAUACAGAUACCUGGGAAUUUCGUUGCUUGGUGGGCAAUGAACAAACUUGGUAGAAGGAUCACCUUAAUUUGUAGUAACUCGAUCGCUGGCGUUGCGGCUCUUUUGCUCAUCAUUGUCUCAGAUGAUAUCGCGUGGCUUCGAUUAAUUCUAGUCUGCUCGGCCAUCGUUGGCAUGUCUGUCUCUUUCACCACUGCUUAUCUAUUUUCCGGUGAAUUAUUCCCUACGGUCAUUAGGAACAUCGGUGUGGGUACCAGCAGUAUGUGCGCCAGGAUAGGCUCUAUUUCAGCACCCUUCAUAGUAUCUUUGGAUCACCUUCAAACUUGGCUUCCACCAGCUUGUUUCGGGAUCCUUCCACUCAUCGGUGCCGCCCUUUGCUUUUUAUUGCCAGAAACAGUUGGAUGUACACUGCCAGAGACGCUCGAAGACGGCGAAAAUUUUGGGAAGAAACCCCAUAAAAUAAAGAAGAAUCCAAAAGAUAUUGAAGCAGAAGCGGCACUUUGAACGAAGACUGAGAUUAACUGUUAUUACUUAGAGAUUAUUAAAAAAAAAAAAAAAAAUUAGGAAAAAAUUGCGUGGAGAAGUAACAAAAUCGGAAACGUGGCGUUUUAUAAAGAAAUUAGCUGUAUAUAUAAAUGACACUGAGAGCAUUCCGCUUUUUUAUUUAUUAUAUUAUUAUAUCCACAAAUUUAUCGGUGUUUCUCUUCACACGUAUCGAAGCACACCGAUUUCAUUUUCCGACAAAUUUUUUACUUAUUAUUAAUAGCUGAUAAACUAAAUCAGUAUAUACAUUUGUUCGUAUGGAAACAAAACUUCUUAAUAAAAGAGUAGUACAAUUAUUCUAAGGCGCCUUAAAGAUGUUUUUGAUAUCGAAAAUUUUAUAGAAUCGAAGAACGUUACUUACUGGCGAAUGUAACAACUGCGAGUAGAGUGCCUUAUAUCAUUUGUAUGCAAAUGUCUAAAUAGAUCAUAUAUUUUAUAAAAGUGAAAUGUUAUUUCUCUCCGUCCUUUGCAGUGUUCUUCUUCUAUGUAUAAAAUGUAAAUCUGCAUAAUGGUACAAUAACAUUAAUUAAUUCAAUGUUAGUGAAAGUGAAACAAUUUUUUAGAUAUAUGAAUGUGCGCCAUUUGGUACAUAUUGGUAUUAGUUAUUUUAAGUAAUUUCAUAAUUUUACAAUUUGCAUUGAAUAAAAUACAGACGAUUACAUUCCUAGAA